AUGUUAAAAUUACUAAAUUGGAGAAAUGUAUAUUUAUUAACAAUUCCAAUUCGAAUUAUAUUAACAUUAUCUAAUUCAUAUAUUCAUCCAGAUGAACAUUUUCAAUCAAUUGAAAUAAUUAGUAAUAAAAUCUUAGGUUAUUCUACAAAUAUAUCAUGGGAAUUUAAUAAUGAUUUCCCAGCAAGAUCAUUUGUUCCAUUGUAUUUUAUUUAUGGUCCAUUACUUUAUGUUAUAAAAUUUUUAAAUUUAAAUUUAACUCCCAUACAAAUAUGGUAUUUAUUAAGAUUACAAAUUUGUUUAAUUAAUUGGGUGAUUAUUGAUUUUUGUUUAUAUUGGAUGUUACCUACAAAACAUGAAAGAAUAAAAGCUUUAUUUUUUACACUGACUUCUUUUGUUUCCCUUGUUUUUCAAAAUCAUUUAUUUUCAAAUAGUAUUGAAACUUGUUUAUUGAUUUUUGUAAUAUAUAUUAUUGAUGAUUUAAGAUAUAUUCAGGAAAAUAAAGAGUUGAAGAGUAUGAAUAAAACUAAAUCUUUAUUAACUUUAGGUGCUUUAAUUUCAUUUGGUAUAUUUAAUAGAAUUACAUUUCCAGCAUUUAUAAUUUUACCAAGUUGGUAUUUAUUAACAUAUAUUUAUUCUAAUUUAAAAUCAAUAAUACCAUUAACUUUUGGAUUUAUCAUACCAACAAUAUCUUUUAUUUAUUUGGAUACUUAUUUAUACAAUUCAAAUUCAUUUGUUAUAGCUCCAUUAAAUAAUUUACUAUAUAAUUCAAAAUUUGAAAAUUUAUCAAAUCAUGGUAUUCAUCCUUACUAUACACAUGUAUUAGUUAAUGUACCACAAUUAUUAGGUCCUGGUUUAAUAUUCAUGAUUUCUAAAAAUUAUAUAAGAACAACUCCAUUUUUAACAAUAUUAAGUGGUUUAUUUUUCCUUUCAAUUUUUCCACAUCAAGAAUUAAGAUUUUUGAUUCCAUUAUUACCAUUAUGUUGUUGUUGCUUUGAUUUGACUCAAAAGUUUGUCAAACCCUGGAUGAUUUAUAUAUGGUAUGUUUUUAAUGUAGUUAUGAGUUUACUUAUGGGAAUAUUUCAUCAAGGUGGUAUAAUCCCUGCUUUAGAAUAUAUUAGAGAAAAUGAUUUAAAAGGAAUACAUAUUUGGAAAAAUACUUAUUCACCUCCAUCUUGGUUAUUAGGUAGUGAUUCUGUUGAGACUGUUUUAAUAGGACAAAGUUUAAAUAAUUCGAAAGAAUUUACAAUUAUUGAUGCAAUGGGAUCUUCAAUUAAUGACGUUAUAAAGGAAUUAAAUGACGAUAGGCCAACGUAUUUAAUUACACCACUUGCAUCUUAUACUUAUGGUUCUCAUUUUAAACCCUUAUGGAAUACAACAUUUCAUAUAGAACUUGAUCAUUUAGAUAAUUUUCAACUAGGAUUAGGUAUAUAUCAAAUGAUUUGA